AGAGCACAUAAUACACCCUACACAGCACAGCGUUACAUCGUCCUCAUCAGACGGUACACAGAGUAUACACAGCAAAUCCCACUUCCUUUCUUUACGCCGAAGGAGAGAAAGAACCUUGUUCUCCUCCCCGCUCUGCUCCGUCGGACCAUCUCCGCGAUCGUCCCACCACGUCUCAUCUGCAUCCCAUCCCAUCAGUCCUUGCAUAAUAAUAAUAACAAGAUCAAGUAAAGGUUAAAGGAUGUCCAUCCAACUCGGUGCACCUACCCUCGGUGGGGUCGUCAACAGCAACGGCGAACAACACGACUCGAACUUGAACCUGCCGCCGGUUACUUCUUAUACCACCGUCAACCCCGGUCAACCCGCUACCGUUGUUGACGUCCAGCCCGUUCAAGUUCAACAACAACCACAGCAGGUCGUCUAUUCCGACCAACCUCAACACGUCCUGCCCGUUCAGUCUCAACCUCAAGUUGUGGAAUCGGCCACUACCAUCGUCCAACCUCAACCAGUCCCUGCCCAUGUCCACGUACAAGGAGACGGUGACGAGAUGGCAAGAACUUCUUCCGUCAAGUUCGACAACCCGGCAACAUCUUCUGACUCGCUCCGAGCUACAAAUGCUGAAGUCCGGAGGGAUCGAGCAGGGUCGACAGCGACUACCCGCUCGAUCGCUACCACCGCGACUACGACCGGCACAUCUUCGAUCGGAGGUGGGGAUGGGGAGGAUUGUGUAAAGGAAAAGAGGGUCAAGGAGUGGAAUAAACAUUUCGAGAUCGAACAGGGGGAGGGGGUGGUUUGCACCCAUGGGUGCGCCCUGGUCGUCUCUGGGGUGAUGAUCCACGGGAGGAUUUAUAUGACCGAGAGGAAUAUCUAUUUCAGGGCUAAUAUUGUUGGGAUCGUUACCAAGCGACAAAUCCCCAUCUCCUCCAUCACCUCGAUCUCACCGAAGAACGUCGCUGGGAGCAUCCCGAACGCCAUCGAGAUCCUACACGAACCGCUCGCUCCCGGUCGGAACUCGAGCAUCAAGUCCAGCAGCAACAAUGACGGGGACACCCAGAGGUCGUUGUUCACGACUCUGCCUAAACGGGAUCAUACUAUGGGCAUCCUCGUUGGGGCUUGGAGGAAACAGGCUCCGGAGGCUUAUGAAAGGGCCAUCUCCGGUGGAGGUGGGGAUGCGAGCGAACUGGCUCGGUAUGGCGAUGGGAACCGACCUAGGAGUGCUAGUACCGCCGCUAGCACUCACGAUAACGAUAGAGGGUACGAAUCCUCCUCGUCCUCUUCGUCCGCUUCGACUGUAGGCCGACACCCUAACAACAACAACAACAACAACACCUCGUCCGGAGCCGCAGCGAACGGGUCCAGCGACAAGUCCGGCGUCGAACAACAAGGCGGCGGGUCGACGGGCGGGGAUGGGUCUUCCCGAGGACCUCACCCUGCAACCAAGGCCGAUACUCCGGAUCUGGACAAACAGGCCCUGCAUACGAGGUUGCCUAGCGAGCCCAAGAAGGUUUACGAGCUCUUGUACCACAAGGAAGAGUUUUUGAGGGGUAUCUGGGAGGGCGAGGGGAUGACCAACAUCCAGAUUCAACCUUGGACCAAUGGCAAGCGGACGAUCUCGUACAGUCGGCCCCUGGGAGGCAAGAUCGGGAGCACCAAGUGUGAGGGCGAAGAGACCAUCAUCCAGCCGGACGGGUGUGAGGAUUGGUGGGGUGUCGAGGGGAUCACCAGGACGCCCGGGGUGCCCGCGGGGAAGAGCUUCUUUACUCGUAGCAAGACCGUGUUCACCUAUGCUGAAGGUGGGGGCACGCUCAUGCACGCUACGUAUCAGGUCGAAUGGACCGGCAAGAGCAUGCUCAAGAGCACCAUCAACGGGCAGGCCGAGACGGGGCAGCAAAAGUGGAACGACUUGCUCGCCAAGAACUUGCGCAAAUACAUCAAGGAGCAUCCGGACGAGUUCCCUUCGAGCGGCAACGACGAGGAUAUCGACGAACCCACCGAGGCCGCCUCUGCCGCCAGCAAGACUGACGAAGCGGGCACCCCAUCGACCACGACCGGAGGCGACGGAUCCAACAGCCGCACGACGACGUCCAACGUCCGGGCCAACGCCGCCGAGGGCGAAUUCGACCCUAUCGGCUGGGUCAUGGAGGAUCCUCUCCGGGCCGCCAUCUCGGCCGUCCUGGUGACCAUCAUCCUGCUCUACUUGUGGUCACUCGUCAAGGGCCUCUUUGGACACUCGACGGUACAGAUCAGCAAGAAACGGUUGGCGCAGCUGGAGAAGUUUGAAGCCAUGUUCUUGAAACACGGUCAUCCUACCGCCGCCGCUGCCGUACAGCCGGGACCUGAUGCGGUCGCAGGCGCACGGGUCACUACGGAGACGGUCAUCAAAAAGGUCGUCCGGCCGAGAUGAUCCAGGGUGUGGUGGCGAGGCGGGACGUGACAGAUGUAUCUCUCGAAUGUAUCAGGCAAUAUAGGAAAUGGCGCAAUAUGGAAU